UUCUCAGGCCAGCCCAGACACAGCAGUGCAAUGUAUCAUCAACACAAUAGUCCCAGACGACACCAACACACGGCUGAAGGGUCCUGGUCGUGGUGACAGAUCCCUGGUGCACACUGUGAUGAAUGUUGUGCAGAGCUGCGUGGUCUACUAUGAGAAGCCCUUGUCUGAUGGCCAUAACUGGCAUUGCUUUAGCCUUCCCUGUCCAGUGUCCAUUCUGAAGGUAGCGAACACCGAACACAUCCACGCGGCGUAUGCUUCCUACUUGAUAGCUGGAGCUGCAGGUUUAGGCCAACGGUGGAAGGCGCUUGGGAUUUCAUCAAGUGUCACAGAUGCAAUUGCCAAUGGCAAAUGGAUCAGGCAGCUAUUGGCUGUCAAGCGCGCGCAUUCAUCAGACAAUGGGUGGCGCACAGUUGCCAUUCGAUUUAAGUGCUUGAACCAUCAAGUUGGACUAGUACGCAAGCCCAUUGUCCUGGGCAUUGGCCGCUAUUGGGCAACCCUAGUGAGGCUGUCCCAUUUGUAUGAAUGCGCUGCUUUCCGAAGACGCUUUACUGCGGCGAUGGUCAGCUUGGUGCAGAAGCCUGGUGUGCAAGUCGCCAGCUUCCCGGAUGAUAUGCCUCAAUGGAAGCAACGAAGAGAUUGGCUACUCAAAGGGUUUGAUGCUGGAUCCAAGUCUAUGAAAGCUGCACUUGAGCAGCUGUUGGAUUUCCUCAAUGGAAACACCGCAGAUCCCGAGGGGCCUUUGUUUCAUUGGUGCAUUUUGCCAACCCACAAUGCAGGCAAUGUUUGCUGUGAAGACCAGGCAGCCUCUCAAACAAAGCUUCUCACACUGCUCACUGCCUUCAUGUCCAAAGGAUACCCGGUGCCGUUGCUGUAUAGAAUGAAGCACUACUCACCUGCAGCGUCCUUUGUGAAGGUGGCCACCAAUCUUUGUGGGCUAUUGCCCAGGAUCUUGACAGAGAUGGAGAACAUCAGUGGCUCCCAUGCUAGUGGCAACACUGCGCUGUCAGACAUGGUGGACAUCCUGUUAUCUGAAAGUGGUGGUGGGCAACAAGGCUCAGAAGCGCUGAAUAGCCAAGAUUUCCAAAUGCUGCUGGGACAAGUGUUGGAUGAAGAUACCAGCUACGCUGCCAAAAACGGAGCUCGCCGGAAAAUGGUGUUGGCUGAGGUUUCUCAAAAAGACUUCAACCAGUCAAGCAUUAUCAUUGACAUGUUGGUGCAGCCAAUGGAACGGGCGACGAACUUCUUCCUUCGAAGGACAAAAAUUCUGUAUGACUUGCAAUACCUCAGCCAUGGCAGCCCAAAGCUUGAGUCUCUGAAGGAUGAGUCCAAAACAAGAUUCUUGCAAGUCAUUCAGGGCAACAUGGGCAAGGACCUGCUGUCAAACUACAUCGGCCUGUUGAGCAACAGUCUCCAGGAGGCGAUGCAAAAUGGUUUGGAAGGCUCACAGGAACAACUGAAUCUGAUAUUUCAGAUGAUUGUAGUUUCAGUCUCAGAUCUCUAUCGCCGGCUGAUUCAAGAAUUCUUGCAGCCUCCAUACAGUUUGCUCGCGUUGGCUGAUGCAGAUGCUCCAACUUUCUUGUCAGGCUGGAACAGUUUGCAGAAAAAGCACGCCAAGUGCCAGUGUUGCGUUGACUAUGAGUUUACAACAGCCCUUCUCCAUGCCUAUCCCGAAGUUAUGACAGUUGAACAUCCCAAAAACAUCGAGGAGUUACAAAGCCUUCUGAGGCAAAUUUGUGUCUGGACACCAUUGACAUCUGACGCUGUGGAGAUAUUGCAUGGGCAGAUGCAAUGGUGCUUGAGUCGAAGAGGAUCUAUGUAUGUGAAGGCAGGCCGCUCCGCUUUGGAAGUUUCUUUGCUUUCAGGUGCCAUCAAGCACCACAAAUGGAUUUCUGAUGCGGCCUCUUCUACCACCAUGCCUUCCAAGGCAGUCUCUUCUGGGAUCAUGCGGAUGGCAGGAGCAAAGCGCGGUAAUGGAGCAUUGAAAGCAUCGAUGAUUGAUUUGCAAGCAGAUGAUGAGGACAUUUCACAGUGGCUGGAUGGUACCCUGCACGCACCCAUUGAACACAACGCCGACCUCUCAGAAGUUGAAGUUCAUGACGCCCCUUGCCAAUAUUUUGUUUGUCAGCGUGAUCCGCACUACAAGCAAAUGGAGCAGCUGGUCAAGUCAUUGUCUUGGAAGUUUGAAGAGCAUGCAGUUUGUCCAGGUUCCCUGCUCUUGUUUUCAGUGCCAAGCAGGGCUGGGUUGACAGACAGCGUACAGCAUCCCCGCAUUUUGGGCGUGUCAGUCAAGAAACCCAAGUGUCAUAUGCUGCUGCGAGUUGCCCUUGAGCAUGACCAGGUUUCGCUGACUACUUCCGAAAGCAAUGUGCCAGAGUUCGAUACUUCACAUGAACUUCUUUUGGGGCUCCUCAGAUCCUGCGCUGCAAGUCCAGAAGUAGUUUUUCUGGUGAAUGUCGAAGUGUGGGAGUGCAAUGCAUUUUUGGAGCCCAACACCUCAGACUACAAUUUGAAAAGUGACCCGAACAAGCAGAUGUGCAAGUUCACAAUCUCCAGUGAAAUCAGACAGAAGACCAAACAGGUCAAUGUCAAGCUGCCUUUUGGAGUCGACAAGAUGUUCCGGAAGCCUAGGAAAACAAGUUCAACAGCAAAACAGAAGAGGUCUGUCAAAGACACUCCUGCGCAAUCCUCUCGCCCAAACAUUGAGCCAGAAGAAGAAGUGUCUGACAUUGACAUGGAGAAGAGCUCUGAGUCCUCUGAUGAAGAAAAUCAAGACAACAUCAACAUCGAGGAACAGGGCAACAUCAACAUCAACAAAGAAGAGGAGAAGGUAGUUCCUAUGAGUAGCACAGUGGCUUUUGAAGAAAAGCAGAUUGCACCACUGGCCGAGGAAGUGAGCCAAACAGAUAAGGAAAGGUCAGAAGCAGCUCAAGCUUUGUCCAGCAAGUUGGAAACCCCACGUGGCUCAUCGUCUUUUUUCUCCAAAGAGCUUGGAUUGAGCGAUGCCGCAGUUGCCAUCUCUGGGCGUUCCAUGUGUGUGCAUUGCCGAACGAAAAUUCCAGUGAAUAGUGUGCGUUUUUGCUGGUUUCACAGCAAAGUGCGCCCAUCGAGCUGGUGCCACUCCCAUUGCUUGUACGCGCUCACUCUUGCUUCUGGGUUGAAAAGCCAAGUGGUGCCAAAGCUGAGAGAAAUCAUUGAACAACAAAGUGAAGCUCACGUUGACAACAAAGUUGUGAAUGAUGCUAAAUCAAUCCUGUGUGCUUUGGAGUCUCAGAAUUGA